ACCGAAAAUUAUUUUUUUUUACAAUUCAUGACAGUCUGGCCUCAUUUACCGCAAAGAUUAUGAUAUCGCAACUUCCUCAAUUGCAAAGUGCUAGAAAUAAACGGGGGUUUCCCUGAUGUAAUACAUACAAUGUAUAUACUGUAUAUGCCUUAUACGGUUUUUUGUUUUGUUUGUUGUUGUUUUUACAUUAUGGAGGGGUGGGUAUUUGCUAUGGCAUAAUUUUCGCCCUCCAUCAGAGUAAAGAGAUACCCCAGCCAUCAUGUACUUGGAUUUACCGAGGACCCGAGCCGAGACAAAUCGUUGUAACACAGCAUUUGUUCGAUUUUGUGGUAGGUCUAUGUAGCCCUUCGACUAAAGAGUGAGCAUCACCUUCACGACUUAGUUUGAUGUCAUAUCUUGCCGGAAGAAAAAUGGUAUGAGAUACCUUGUUUCAAUAGAAUCCAUUUUCUUCUAUCAACCAUGCUUGUUCACUUCCAGCUCGGUGUAAGCCAAGCUUUAACGAGUGAAACAAAACUGCGUUCAUCUGCCAGAUAAAGGGUUCAGUAAUUAUCAGGACUUCUCAACGCUGCAAUGGACGUACUGAUGAAAGACAAAAGUAACAAUCAAACAAUCACUGGUAACUUCUUCUACAGUCAACAAAAACCGAUCUCCGACGACAAGAGCUUAAUUAAGAAUAGUGAGAAGAGGUUGUCCAACUUGUGUGAGCUGAACUGUGACGAUGGCUGUUUAUCCAUAUAUGGAUCAUGUCAGACCAGGCCGAUCCUUAUCAUACCUAAGAUAGCCAAGGUGACGAGGCACAGAUACGACAAAGAAUACUUCUGCUUGGAAUACGGCGAAAAACCAGAUAGAUAUAAUAGUUUUCUCACUAUCACCGACAAGAGCGAUGCAGAUGAUUGGGAAUUUAAACUGUGUAAACUCACGGGACAGACUCCACCUCCUGGUCGCCGUAGAAUACAGACUGGAGCUAAAAAACCGCGAAGCAAUGGAGCGGUGCCUCAAUAUACAUUGUCAACCCCGAGCGCGCCACACGGUUUCGAGGAGAGUCAAAGAGAUGGUCAAAGUUCCCCAGAAGAGAGUCACAUAGGAGAGGUGGUAGGAUAUGACCAAGUCAGUCCAACUCCUGGAAACUCACCAAGCAAUAGAAUGAGCUAUAUGGUCGAUGAAGAAGCGGGCAAUGUCCUCGAAGAGACGAACCGGAAGCUUCACGAGAUGAAGGGGCAACAACAAGGAAAAAACGAACAAGAACAGCAACAUGAACAGCAAGUGCGACAGAGACAUGAAGGAAGACAAGACAGUCCGACUCAAUCCUUUGGUGAACUGACAUCCACACAAUCACUCAACGUGCUCCAAGCCUACCAAUGCACGCACAUUGGUUUUGAAUGCAGUCAAGAAAAGUUGAGAGUGGCCAUUAACAAAGAAGACUUCUUAAAAACGGCCGAUGUCAAUAAUGUCUUUGCCUCCUAUCUAGGAUCUCUGUAUGUAAAGUCGUGUCCAAAAAGUUUACAAAGUAAGCUGUUCAUCGGAACACGUAUCCUACAAGUGAACAAUCAAGAACCUGCCUCCGCUGAUAAGGCCAUUGACUACAUCCAAACCAGUGCAAGUAACACGGUGAACUUGCUGGUCCAAUUAUUUCCUUUUGGUGUUCGUGUCCGAUUACUCAUCCCGUCUUUUGCCGCUCUGGGCAUUGAACUCCACGGUAAUGAGAUAACAGAUUACGGAGAUGGGAUAAUGGGCAAAAUAGCUGAAUGUAAAAAGAGUAUCAGUACAACUCUCUCCGCUUCAGACCAUUCUCCUGUUGAAAGGUUAUCAAUAACAGCUGUUGGAGACAGGCAUGUUCCAUACGAUGCAUACGAAGAUGAGGUAAAUGAGAUGUUAGCUUCUGCCAUCAACGAUGUCAACAUGCCGGACGGUUACCUAGUUCUACUCUUGCAGCCCUCAGAGUUCUGCCACGCCAUGGCUCCAAAUGCUUUGCAAAGACGUGUUGUACAAGAAGAAGGUGCUCUCUUAAAUCCAACACCAAUCCGCAGACCAUCACAGCCGGGGAUACUCAGAAGCAAUCCUCCUUAUUAAAACUCACUCGAUGGCCGAGAUACAACAAUUGAGGCUAUGCUAUAAAGGUCAUGGUUCUAUAGGUCAAUAUCAUAGAGACAUAUGAUAAACAUCGAUCAUAACAAUGGGAUUCUUAUAUUCAUCACGCUACACUAUUUCCCCGGCUGCACAGCUUCAAAUAAUGCGUGUUCCCAUUUCGAGGAUAGUAGUGUCCCACCGGGUAUACCGAUUUGCUUUACCUGGGUCGAGUGUGGCGAAUGAAGGAUCAAUAUCUUGCUAAAGGACUUUACGGUAUAGCACCACAUGGGGAAUUCAACUCUGAAUCUUGCACAUGUUAACAAAUUACCAUUUUCACGGGCCGGCAAGGUUUCUGUCGCUGUAAAAUUUAUAAAGUCGGAGAAUGCUGCUGGUAUCUGCGAGCAUAAUAUUCGAAAUUGUUGCAUUUAUGUAUAUUUUUAUUUAAAUGCAUGUGUCUAUUUUUUACGAGAGAUGUUAUGCAAUAGCCUAACAUUAUUUGAGAAAUUAUAUAUUGAGAAGUUAUUAUAUUAAGAUCCAUGUAUUAUUUUGCUUUAGGUCUAUUUGCCAUAAGCCAUUUGGUUGUAGAUUUUGAGAUACGCAAAAUAUUUAUAUCGGUUAAAUAAAUGAUAUUCCAGAUCAUCAUCAAAUUCAUGCGCUCAGCCAUCAUCAACAGCAUGUAAAAAUUGAUUUUAUUGAUUAAAUUCAAAAUCUGUAAUGAAUGUAUGGAUGUUUUGGCGCGGGUUUACCUUAACUACUUCAUUUGGCAUUAUAUUAUUUCACGGAAGUUGCUUUGCCGUGGGUGUACUCAUUUUAUUGAUAUUUUCAAUGAGUAUGGGAUUUUGUUAAUUUGUAUAUUUCCAUAUAAACACAGAACAGUUAUCAGAUUCUAAUCGAAAGGAUAUGUUUACAUAGUAUUAUCUAGCAACAGCCAGCUUUACUAUACCGUUUUAUUCGCAUUUACUCAAUACCAACUUAAAUGUUUAAUUUAUGACCGAGGUAAUUCCCACUUUCCUCUUAUAUAGACUUUAUUUUCCCUCGUUCGUGUGUCCUUUCUCUUAAGAUAUUAUAUUUCUCUUACUAUACUCAAUAUGUUUUAGUAUUAAAAUGUAUUCCCUCGGAGAAACCUGCCACAUUAGAGUUGAAAUAUAGCAGGGAAGUUAGUAUGUGAAAUCGUCUUCACUCUUCAACCGUCCAAUAGAAGACAUGUCUAUUGUUUGUACCAGUACUUAUUAUGAGGGGAGUGAGUUAUUCAUGCCAGUAUAUUAGAUUUGUUAUUUUCGACUGUGUAACUGAGCAUUAUGAACGCUAGUAUACGAUUGAUUAUUGGAGCGAAGAGAGCCUUGGAUGUUUUCUGGAGUAUGUACUCAGAUUUUUAUAUAUUAACUCAGAAUGCGAUGUGCACUUUAUGCCUUAUGUCAUGAAAAUAAAGAGCGAAAUGUUUUCUAUUCAUUUCAACAAAAGAGUC